AUGUCUUUAACAGUUGAUAAUCCAAAGAACUUUGAUGAAUGGAUCAAGGUCACCCAGGAGUUGACCCAGAUCAUGAUUGAUGAGAAGGCCUUGGUGAACACUGGUCGUUUCCCUUACACCAGAGACAACUCCAUGGAUCACCAGGAGAUGCUAAAGGUCCUUGUUGUUGGAUUGGUCUCCAGUAUCCCAGUGGUCGGUGAACCAUUUGGUGUGGUCAUCGAUGCCAUAUGGUCCGACGCCCUCUCCCAAGGCAAUGCCCCCGCCGUGCUUUACGAUGGUUUCCGCACAAUCACCACGAACAUGAUCAAUGAGGCAGUCGAGAAUGCUGACCUUGAGUCUUGUACCGCCGAGGUGGUUAAGAUCACCACUGCCAUGAAGGACUUCUUCCCCGUGUACAACAAGUGGUUGCUCAAGCCACACAAGAAAGCCCUUCGCGAGGCUUGUAAAGACCGUUUCUCCGCAGUCGAGUUGGCUGCCAACAGCGUUGUCAGCCAGGAUGGUGCAGCUUUGCGCAAGGAAACCUACGGAGUCAUCGAGUUGGGCAUGUUCACCGUGGCCGCCACCACAGAGAUCCUGCUGCUCAAAGAGGUCGUCAAGAAUGGCAAGACAUGGGGCUUCACCGCCAUUGAGAUGAAGGGCUACAAGGACAAGCUGGCCAGAUACCCACGUGAGUUCACCGACUAUGCCAUCAGCACCUACAAGGAUGGUGUCCAGUUGAUCAAGGACCGUACGACCGAGAAUGGACUGCCAGGCUGGAUGGCCUUCAACAAGGUGCUCAAGUUCCGCUCGUACUGCGCUCGCUUCGUCUUUGACUAUAUGGACCUGUGGUCAGUCAUGGACUCCAAGCUGUUCCCAGAAGGCACGUCCUACUUGAACCCACGCUACUGCUACCAUGAACUGGUUGGAGUACCAGUGAUUGAGAACAGUAGCGUAUCAUUGGGUGACGCCUCAUACUACAGGUCGCUGACCUAUGAGGCCAUUGAGAAAUGGUUCAACGACGCCAACAGAGACAAGUUCCAGAAGGAGCUCAAACAGAUCAGGAUCACGAUCGACCUUCAGCACCCACCCGGUUGGCUCAAGUCCAUCCAGACCACCUACCGCGAUCCAGCCUACCCCAACGCCGAGCAUGUUGAGGAUGUAGUCGGUGCACAUCCAGUUGAAACACACUCCAACGUCUACUCAUUCCCACCUCAUGCCGCCACCGAGACAUUCAACUAUGGCUUUGGCCUAGUGCCACGCGGCCUUGGCUUCAGUAACAGAGUGAUUAGCCACACAUUCCCUGUCGCCAAUUUGAACCUUGGAUACCCAUGGCAUGAGGGUACCUAUAAUGAUUAUUAUGCCCAGAUUGCUAGCAACUUGGACCCCAAAUGGACUGCUUAUGGCGUCCCAGCCACCAUCCCCAAUCACAAAAUUGGUGUGAUCGCUGGCCACACGACAAACUGGGAGAUGGUGACCGAUUUCUACUUGGACGAUCCAUUCCGCAACCCUAUCGUUGUUAGAGCUGGUCUUGUUGAUGCAAUCCUCGUUGGAAUGGUUCCAUCAUACGUAUUCAAUGAGAAUGUGAUCAUGCCCAAGGUGUGCACAAUGAUCGCCGCCACCAAGCUGGCCUACAACUCGGGUGCCUCGUUUGCUCGUGACCAUCUGAUGCCCACCGUGCACUCAAUGCGUGUGCCCAACGGAUCGACCAUCAACUACAGGUUCCAGCCAUUUGACGACAAGACCAGGACCUUCAUUCUGGGUGUGCGCUACUUCACCACAGCGGUAACUGGCACUGUCAAGCUCCAAGUGAUCAACGGCACCAAGAAGAAUGGCGAGAUGUUUGGCGACUUUGAUCUGGAGCAAUGUGCUAUGUCACCUGACAAGUCCACCGCCUACUACAACACACUCAAGGACAAGACCAUCUUGAUCACCUUGAAGCCAAAGGCCACAGCUCUAGCUGACCAGGACAUAUUUACAUUCAAGGCUGUUGGAGGUGAGGUCUAUGUCAAUGCCAUUGCCUUCUGGCCAGCCCCCACACUGCCACCUGCUAGGCCCACAGCACCCUCUGGAAAGACUGCACCAACCACAAAGGAAGUUACAUCAGCCUAA